UUACACAUCCUCUAUUGAUUGCUUUUCUUGGAAGAACAACUCCUCUCUAGGAUCUCUUUCUUCAUUUCUCUUCUUAAAAUACAAACAAACACAACCAUGGGAGUUCGAUUGCCGGUUGUUGCUCUUGCUAGGCAGAUUCUAAGUCGGUCUGCUUCGACUGCAUCCAGAGCAGCCUCAACAUCAUCAGAGAUACCAAGAGGCUUCUUUGCAGUUUAUGUUGGAGAGAACCAGAAGCGGCGGUUUGUGGUUCCCGUCUCCUAUUUGAACCAGCCAUUAUUUCAAGAUUUGCUAAGAAAAGCCGAAGAAGAAUUUGGGUUUAAUCAUCCAACCGGUGGUUUGACGAUUCCAUGCAGAGUAGACACUUUCAUUGAUGUCACUUCUCGCUUGAGCAGUUCAUAAGAGAAUGCAGUUAAUUAAACCAACUCAGAGACAACGUUGUAUAGCGGCAAUACUUGGGGAUACAUUGUCAAUCACUUGUUUCUUUUCUGCUUUUUUGGCAGAAAAUAUGUAGGGAAAAAUCUGUCCAUUUGGAGAAAGUGUUGAGUAGAAUCUGUAUUUUUUUAUUUUUUUUAAUGGAAAUCAGCAAUUGAGGAUACACUUUAGACCAAAAUAUUCGUAAUUAUU